AUGAACGCCCUGGCGUUCAGCAACACCACAAUAAAAUAUCUUACUAACACUACGCUGCCCAUUGUAACGCCAUACGGCUGGACGCCUCUGUUAAUCGCCCAACUAUGUUUAUCCUGUAUAUCCGUUGUACUGAACGUUACGAUACUACUGCUUCAGUUGCUACCACAAACCAAGGUCACUGCCUUCACCAUCUAUUUAAUCUGCAUCUCCAUCGGCAACAUUGUCGUUCUGCUGCCUACGCGCACCAUUGGUUUUCUCAAUUUCGUCACCGGCCGCUUUCCCGGCGGUCAAGCCGUAUGUGCGUUCUACGUGUAUUCCCAGAUGGUGGUCAGCAUGAUUCCCGUGCUAGUACACGUUCUGAUCGCUGUUAACCGUUUAUGGGCGGUCACGCAUCCCGUGUCGUAUCGGCAGCGUCAUAAUAAAAACGUCGCUGUUUUGCUCUGUAUCGCCGUGAUGGCCUACGUGCACAUCCUGAUCUUUCCCGUGAUGCUGGUGGAAUUUUACCAUGCUCCGGCUAAAGAUUACACCACUUGCCAGCCGGGAGCGGGAGCCAUCGUGGCAUGGCGGCUGGUGGAUUUUAUUCUGCACCGGAUGAUCCCACUUUUAACUAUUCUGGUGAUUUACGUCUACGUCAUGCUGAAACGAUGGAGGAAAGGUCGUGUAGGUGAACAGGCCGGAGACGCACGCCAGUCAACGGAUCCCAAUGAUAACUCAAGUAAGCCGAUGGUUGCUGACAAAAAUGCCGGAGACUACGCGCCAACCACUGGAUACCGGUCCGGAAUCAAGCGACGCAAAGUUAAACCGUUUGUCGUUAACCUUGACCUCGAUUAA